AUGUCCCCCGCCUCAAUCCAAAACGACCAAGAAACCGACUCCGACUCCGACGUCGAGUUCGAGGAUGUCCCAAUCUCCCACCCAGCCGGAUCUAGAAAUAGGGGAGACAUAGAAAUCCCAAUAAUCAUCCGCUCAACCCCGCAACCACAAUGGACCCCAACUUUAUCACUCCCUCGACAGCGAAGCCAACCCAUCCCCUCGGGCUCCGAAGAAGAAACCCAGCUCCGAGGCCAAAUCAGCACAGGUAUAGAGAGAGUCACGUACCGAAAAAUGAAAUCUGACAUGGGCAUGGACGCACCGGAUACACCCGCUUCGGAACGCAAAUACGAUAGCUACCAAGACCUUGCUGCGGAUGUUGAGAAUCUUAUUGAUACGCUUUGGGCGUCGGCCACACCGGCAAUCCAAACCGAAGCCCUCAUAACCCUGGCAGGCCUGACCCAAACCUCCCUUCCAGCCUUCCCCUUCGAUGCCCCACCAACCCUAAACAUCUUUCACAAGCUCGACUCCGUCUUCGCAGCACUGUGUACAAGCACGCACCCACUCACUGGCGCCGUUCUGCCUGGCGCACAGCCGGGCCAGUCUCUCGUGACGGAGACGCAGAAAGUGCGAAUUCGGAGUUUGGCGGAGAGGACUAGAUAUCAAGUUUUUUCUUGUUUGACAAAGUCGAAUGAGAGAGGUAAUGCUGCUAAUGGUUAUGGGGGUGGGGAUGACGAAGACGAGAAUAGUGGCGAUGAGGUCGAUGACCCGUGGAUGUUGGAGGCUACGCGGGUAUAUGAGAAGAGUCUUAUGUUACUUGCGGAGCAGGAUCCUGAGGUGGAGGCCGGGAUGGAUGAGUUUAACUGUUUGUAA